AUGGCAUCCUACGACGAGAAAAACUACUACGAGAAGGACAUCUCUUCCGCCGUCGAGCCUACAGCCAUCGAGCCCGUCGGAGUUGGUCGCGUGACUGGCUUCAAGAGACGUCUGCCGCGCUUCACCCUUGCCGUCCGUCAUGAGGAGAGCAGCUUUGCGCCCUCGGCGAGCGCCUCCAAUGCUGACUUUGACCCGAUUCCACCAUCAAAGCGCACAUGGAAUUGGGGUGCAUAUGUCGCCUACUGGAUGGCCGACGCCUGGGCCGUGUCGAACUGGGAAGUUGCUUCUUCCAUGAUCGCCGUCGGUCUCAGCUGGAAAAUGGCAAUUGGCGCCUGUGUGCUGGGUAACGCUAUCAUGGGUCUCGUCAUUACCGUCAAUGGUAGAAUGGGUGCAAUUCUUCACACACCGUUCCCUGUGCUCUCACGUAUGCCGUUUGGCUACUACUUCAGCUACUUUGUCGUCCUGUCCCGAUGCGUCCUCGCCAUUGUUUGGCUCGGUGUCCAAACCACGACUGGUGGUCAAUGUAUGGAAGUACUCCUCACAGCCAUCUGGCCUAGCUUUGCCAGGAUACCCAAUCACAUACCCGCUGAUGAAGGUAUCACUACGGCGGGGAUGGUGGCCUUUUUGCUCUACUUCUUACUUCAACUUCCCUUCCUGUGCAUCCCUUACACGAAGGUCCAAUACUUCUUUGCAUUCAAGAGUGUUAUCGCCCCCAUCAUCUUUUUGGCUAUUUUCGGCGACACGCUGCACAAGGCCGGCGGCACCAUCAGUAAGAGCACGGUCAUUACCCAAGGCACCACUAUCAGCGGUUCGACUCUUGCUUGGGCCUUCUUUGGCAACCUCAAUGGAGUCUUGGGCAACUACGCCACCUUGGGUUUGAACAUUGCCGACUUUUCGAGAUACGCCAACAAACCCAGCGCACAGAACGUUCAAGCGCUGGUCAUUCCCGCCAUCUUCACUGUCGUUGGUCUGCUUGGCAUCUUCACUGCCGCUGCUGCUCAGACUGCCUAUGGCGAAAUCAUCUGGAACCCCAUUGAAAUCCUCCACCUCUGGAUGGAGUCUGGUUCUCACCGUGGCCGCGCUGCUGCCGCAUUUGGCGCCAUCGGCCUGAUCAUCGUCACCCUCGGUAUCAACAUCUCGGCCAACUCUAUCAGCGCAGCCAACGAUCUCAUGUCUUUCUGCCCCAAGUACAUCAACAUCCGCCGUGGUCAGCUUCUUGCUGCCGUUAUCGGAAGCUGGGCCUUUGUGCCGUGGAAAAUCCUCGCAUCAGCCGCCAAAUUCCUUGCUUUCCUCGGUGGCUACACCAUUUUCCUGGGCCCCAUGACAUCCAUUCUCAUGACUGAGUACGUACCUCUCCAAGACCCCACAACCCUGUUCCUCUACUCUGUCAUAUCCAACACCGCUGACUCGUUUGUUCCGUGCCAUAGCUACUUCAUCGUCCGUCGCGGAAACGUGUCUGUGCCCGACAUGUACAACUUUCACGGCAUAUACCGCUACUCGCCCAAAUUCGCCACCAACUGGCGCGCGGUUGUCGCCUUCUUCAUCGGCUGCACUCCUCCACUUCCCGGUUUCGUCAACAACAUCGUUGUGGCAGGCCAUGGCACAACGAGUGUCUCUCUGGGAGGUCAACAUCUGUUUGCAAUCGGUUACGUCUACUCAUUUGUCGCCGCCGGCGUCUUCUACUGGGGCUUCAAUCGCUUCUGGCCACAUACCGAGUCCAUGCUGACCCAUCCCGAGACGGGCGAGGACAUCAUUGCAGCCAACGACGCAAAGAAUCUUCAGGAGCGUCGCGCCAGCUGGUCUGAGCGGAGGCCGAGUGCCGUGACGAGGUUCUUCUCAGUGUAG